AUGGCGGGCGAGUUUUGGAGACAGUCACGGUUCAGCAACAAAGGCAUCAAUUCAGCUGUGAAGACCGUGGACUUUGUAGACAUCGCAAUGUCUGAGGAUCAGCAUGUGACACAUAUCAAGCCAACCUACCACGUUACUGUUUCAGAGGCACCCAAGUUCGAUCUACAAUCAUAUAUUGCCAAUUACAAAGGUAGGACAGUUUUCCGCAGACUCUACCUCAUCGCUUCCUGCUCGACGGCCCUCCAAGAAGAAGCUGCUCGCCUAGCAGUUGCGGAAGCCAAGAAAGGCUCAGAUGUCAAUCAAUACCAAGAUGCAGUUCAGCUGCUUGCUACAAUCACGGGACAAAAUGUUCAAGAACUCAUGGAUAAGAAGUGGUUAUCGAACCAAGAGAAGCAGAAUGCCGCGGAAUCUAAGAGAUUAGAAAAUGAGCUGAAGCAAUACAAGAACAACCUUAUUCGGGAGAGCAUCCGUAUGGGCAGUGAAGAACUGGGAGUGCACAACCACAGUACCGGCGAUCUGCCUAAUGCCCUCAAAUCCUUCAAUCGUAUGCGCGACUACUGCACAGGACCUGGACACAUUGCCACUACCGCCUUUCGCACGAUAGCUGUCAACAUAGAACAGAGGAACUGGCUCGGCGUGCAGUCACAGGUCGCGAAGAUUCGAGCGUUACAACAGAUGAAACCUGAAGAAUCAGCAAAGAACCAGCCUAAGAUCUUUGCUGCUCAGGGACUGCAGUACAUGAGUCUAGGCGACUACAAAGAAGCGGCCAACUUCUUCCUGGAUGUGGACUUCGCAGCACUAGGAGAUAACUACAACGAUGUCAUCAGCGCAAACGAUGUCGCGGUGUACGGAGGACUCUGUGCACUUGCAAGUAUGAGCCGCAGUGAAUUGCAGAACAAGGUGCUUGACAAUGCCAACUUUCGAUCCUUCUUGGAGCUCGAGCCACACAUCCGACGAGCUAUCAACAGUUUCUGCGCCAGUAAAUACAGCCAGUGCCUGGAGACUCUAGAGUCCUAUCGAGUCGAUUAUCUGCUAGACAUCUACCUUCAAGAGCAACUGGGACUAAUCUACACCAAGAUCCGAACUAAGAGCAUCGUGCAAUACUUCCAACCAUUCAGCAGGGUAACCUUGAAAAGCAUGGAGAAGAUGUUCGGAACCAGCUCUACUUCAACGACAAAUGGACAACAGAGCAGCACAGGCACUAUAACACCCUUCGUCCAGGAACUCAUACAGAUGAUAGAAUCAGAUGCAUUACAGGCACGUAUCGAUCUCGAAAGAAUGGUGCUCAUUGCAUAUGAAGAAUCACCUCGAGCAGUCAUGCAGCAGCAGGCACUCGAUACAGUCGACAACUUCAUCAAUGAAGCACGAAUCAAGUUACUUAGACUCAACGCUAUCAACGGUGGGUUAGAAGUCAAGCAGGCUCAGAACAAAGGAAAGCAGACCGCGUCGGGAGCCAUGGAUAUCAGCAGCCUGGUUGAUGUGUCCAGCGGCAGUGGUCAGUUUCAAGGACAGGGAUAUUCGCUGAGGAGUGCAAGAGGCUAG